UGAAACAUGGCUUAAGCCUGAUGAAUUUUCUGUGUUAAAUGAGGCCUCACCUCCUGGCUACACUAGUGACCAUAUCCCCGUGCAUCCCGCAAAGGCGGAGGUGUUGCUAACAUUUACGAUAGCAAAUUUCAAUUUACAAAAAAAAAAUGACGUUUUCGUCUUUUGAGCUUCUAGUCAUGAAAUCUAUGCAGCCUACUCAAUCACUUUUUAUAGCUACUGUUUACAGGCCUCCUGGGCCAUAUACAGCGUUUCUCACUGAGUUCCCUGAAUUCCUAUCAGACCUUGUAGUCAUUGCAGAUAAUAUUCUAAUCUUUGGUGACUUUAAUAUUCACAUGGAAAAGUCCACAGACCCACUCCAAAAGGCUUUUGGAGCCAUCAUCGACUCAGUGGGUUUUGUCCAACAUGUCUCUGGACCCACUCACUGUCACAGUCAUACGCUGGACCUAGUUUUGUCCCAUGGAAUAAAUGUUGUGGAUCUUAAUGUUUUUCCUCAUAAUCCUGGACUAUCGGACCACCAUUUUAUUACGUUUGCAAUUGCAACAAAUAAUCUGCUCAGACCCCAACCAAGGAACAUCAAAAGUCGUGCUAUAAAUUCACAGACAACACAAAGAUUCCUUGAUGCCCUUCCAGACUCCCUCUGCCUACCCAAGGACGCCAGAGGACAAAAAUCUGUUAACCACCUAACUGAGGAUCUCAAUUUAACCUUGCGCAAUACCCUAGAUGCAGUUGCACCCCUAAAAACUUUUAAAAAUUCUCAUAAGAAACUAGCUCCCUGGUACACAGAAAAUACCCGAGCUCUGAAGCAAGCUUCCAGAAAAUUGGAACGGAAAUGGCGCCACACCAAACUGGAAGUCUUCCGACUAGCUUGGAAGGACGGUACCGUGCAGUACCGAAGAGCCCUUACUGCUGCUCGAUCGUCCUAUUUUUCUAACUUAAUUGAGGAAAAUAAGAACAAUCCGAAAUUCCUUUUUGAUACUGUGGCAAAGCUAACUAAAAAGCAGCAUUCCCCAAGAGGGAUGACUUUCACUUUAGCAGUGAUAAAUUCAUGAACUUCUUUGAGGAAAAGAUUAUGAUUAUUAGAAAGCAAAUUACGGACUCCUCUUUAAACCUGCGUAUUCCUCCAAACCUCAGUUGUCCUGAGUCUGCACAACUCUGCCAGGACCUAGGAUCAAGAGAGACGCUCAAGUGUUUUAG